AUGACACCGGAUUGCGUUGCUGCGCAAAUCGAUGCCGUGUUUGACGACGUGCAGAUCAGCGCUGUUAAAAUCGGAAUGCUCCACGAUGCCGGGAUCAUCCAUGCCGUCGCGGAUCGAUUGACCAGAUAUCGCCCGAAAUGGAUCGUGCUGGACCCGGUCAUGAUCGCCAAAAGCGGUGCUCCACUGCUUGAACCGGCGGCCAUACACGCGCUUAAGGCGCAGCUGCUGCCGCUCAGCACGGUGAUCACACCAAACCUGCCAGAAGCCGCGACACUGCUUGAAACAAGCGCGGCGGAGUCGGACGCAGCCAUUCAUGCCCAGCUCAACCGCCUGCUCAGGCUGGGGCCUCAAGCCGUACUGAUAAAGGGGGGACAUAGCAAUGACCCAGCCCACAGCACGGAUUGGCUGCUUGAAGCGGACAACGCGCAUGAUCAGCUCAAAUCGUUUACCUCACAACGCAUUUGCACGCGCAACGAUCACGGAACAGGAUGUACGUUAUCGUCGGCGAUUGCGGCGCUUCUUCCGCAAAACACUUUGACCAGCGCCAUUCGUCACGCGAAGGCUUAUCUUCAGGCGGCGCUGGAGGCGUCCGACCGGAUUUCCGUCGGAAGUGGACAUGGCCCCCUGCACCACUUCCAUAACCUGUGGCCAGCGCGCUGA